CGCUGCCAACAGGAAGCAGAUCGUGCGCAUGACCUUACGCGCCUGCCUGCUCGCUGCAGGACUGUGCAGCAGCGGUUCACGUCGCGGAGAAGCAUCUCUGAUGCCGAGACAAAAAUAGGACUGGAAGUGCAAAGUACGUGCAGGGUUGUGUUCAUGCGAAUAGCUUUCCAUCACGGAACCAACAUCAGCGCAGGAAAGAACAGCUUGAAUAUCUUCAAUGGCACACAUAACAAUAAAUCAGUACCUCCAGCAGGUACUUGAAGCCACCGACACCAGAGACGGAGCAUUCUGUGCUGAGCUUUUGUCAUUCAAACACCCCCAUGUGGCCAACCCCAGGCUUCAGCUCCCCAGCCCCGAGGAGAAGUGCCAGCAGGUCCUUGAACCCCCCCAUGAUGAAAUGGUUGCAGCACAUCUGAGGUGUACAUAUGCUGUAGCAAAUCACGACUUUGUGGAAGCAUACAAGUGCCAGACAGUAGUGGUCCAAUCAUUUUUAAAAGCAUUCCAGGCUCACAAGGAAGAAAACUGGGCCCUGCCAAUAAUGUAUGCAGUGGGAUUAGACCUCCGCAUCUUCGCCAACAAUGCGGAGCAGCAGCUGGCUAAGAAGGGCAAGGGCAAGGUGGGGGACAUGCUGGAAAAGGCCGCCGAGCAGCUCAUGAGCUGCUUCCGCAUCUGUGCCAGCGACAACCGCGCUGGCAUUGACGACUCCAAAAAGUGGGGGAUGCUGUUUCUCAUCAACCAGCUUUUCAAGAUCUACUUCAAGAUCAACAAGCUGCACCUGUGCAAGCCGCUGAUCAGGGCCAUCGACAGCUCCAACCUGAAAGACGAGUACAGCAUCGCCCAGAGAGUCACCUACAAGUACUACGUCGGGAGGAAAGCCAUGUUUGACAGCGAUUUCAAACAAGCGGAAGAGUACCUGUCGUUUGCCUUUCAUCACUGCCACCGGUCCUGUCAGAAGAACAAGCGCAUGAUUCUCAUCUAUCUGCUCCCAGUCAAAAUGCUCUUGGGUCACAUGCCAACACAUCAGCUGCUCCGGAAGUACGAUCUUCUUCAGUUUGCGGACGUUACCAAGGCUGUGAGUGAGGGCAACCUGCUGCUCCUGAACGAAGCACUGGUGAAACACGAGACGUUCUUCAUCCGCUGCGGCAUCUUCCUCAUCCUCGAGAAGCUGAAAAUUAUCACCUACAGGAACCUCUUCAAGAAAGUGUAUCUGUUACUUAAAGCUCACCAGCUGCCCCUGGAUGUGUUCUUAGUGGCUCUAAAGUUUAUGCAAGUAGAAGAUGUGGACAUUGAUGAAGUCCAGUGCAUUCUUGCAAAUUUGAUUUACAUGGGUCACAUCAAGGGUUACAUCUCUCACCAACAUCAGAAAUUGGUAGUCAGUAAACAGAACCCAUUCCCUCCUCUCUCUACUGUGUCUUAAUCACCAAAACUGUGGCCAAGGAGGGGACUGGUUUGGUUCAGGAGCUGAUAUUGGGUAUAUUCUGUGUAAAUGCUAUUUUUUUUAUUUUCGUUUGUACUGUAAUUGAGGAAAAAAAUAAAAAUGAAAAUAAUUGAUG